AUGAGAUGCGUCACUUACGAGAUCGACCCUCAGGGCGCGAUUGAGGUCAUUCUCCAAGACCCUGAUACCCAACGCACCAGCCCCACACUAACAACGCCCAUACAAACUCAGCCAACGCCACAACAACGCAAUGUCAAGUCCGUGAAAGUGAAGAAGGGCGAAGAGGAGGAGGAACAGGACACUCCUCGGCGGGAUGACAAGGAAGUCCAGAUUCGAAUGCGCGUUUCCAGCCACCAUCUGUCUCUCGCAUCUCCAGUCUUGUCCUCUUUACUGCAGCAGUCUGCAGAGGCCAACGAGAUAUACCUCACGGGAUGGGACGCAAAGGCUUUGGCCACCGUGUUGAACGUCAUUCACGGCCGAAACGCCCAAAUCCCCCGGAAUGUCAAUUUCGAGUUCCUUACCCAAGUUGCUUCUAUUGUCCACCAUCUUAAAUGCACCGAAGCGGUGCAACUCUUGUCCGCGUUCUGGCUCUCGACUUUGGAACAAGACACUGUGACUUGCUUUAACAGCAAUUGUAUAUUGUGGUUGUUUAACUCGUGGGUGUUUUCCUGGGGAAAGGAGUUUUCGCAUUGCGCGCAAUUGGUCCUUUCACAUUACAGAGGCCCUGAUACGGUCAUCUUGCGCGAUCUUCCCUUGACUGAAGUCCUUGAUAAAAUUGACGGGAUGAGAAUCGUCUUGAUAAAGAAGGUCUUUACAGCCCUCGAGAACCUGGAGCAGACCCUCUCCACCGAACGUGGUUGUCCAGAGGCUGGGUAUGUGCAAUGUACUGCUAUGGCACUUGGUGCGUUGAUACGGGGAAAGCGAACGUUUCGAAAUGUUGAGGAACCGUACAACGGGCUCAGUAUACGGCAAGUCAUGGAAGUACUGGGUGACUUUCCUCGGAUGGCAGCUGCGUGUCCUGAUGCGAAUCAUGGCCAGAACUGCACUGUGUAUGCAAGGCUGAGGCCGGUCAUCGAGGGAGUCGAGGGGGAAAUUGAGGAUAUUGAGUUGAGCUACUUUCAGUCCUGA